AUGUACUCCAAUUCCGAUGGCCGCAAGUCGGUCGAUAGCUUGACGUCGCCCGCCGGCGUCACGCACCGUGCCGACUUUCCCUUCCACAAGCAACGCCGAGAAUCCGUCGCUAGUUCCACAACUUCCAUCGGCGGCACUUUGGACACGGCCGUGGGAGGAGGAGGUUGGCCCAACACUCUGCAGGAGGCAGGACAGAAUGCAAUCUCCACAUUACUCCAGCCGCCCAUCGUCCGCUCUGGCUUCCAGCCGCACACAGCCGCCCCGGCACACAGCACGCACAAACCGCCGACGUCGCGCGAUAUCCCGCCUGUCAAGCUGACGAACAUUGAGCAAGUCGACUCGUCUGAGUUCUCCUCGUAUUUGCGGCAGGUCGGCAGACUACACGAGCAGCUCCAUCGAGCCAAAGAGCGGGAGGACGAGCAGCUGGCCACCGCCAUUGGCACGCCGCGCAACAACAGCAAGGAAGACCUUGGCGAGAGCGCGGCCGACGGCCACCUGCGGCCCAGCGCGUCGCGCCGGACGUCGUCCACAAGACGGCUGUCGGUCUCUUCGAUUUCGUCGGCCACAUUGGUUGAUGCUCCGAGUCCGGUACGGCGUAGCUCGUCAAACUUCCGUCGUCAGAAUCUUGGUCCGCCGCCGUUGAGCACCAUUCCCAGUGUCUACUUUGACGAAUCUUUCCACCUGGAGAAUCCGCGUACGUUUGAUAUUGUCAGCGAGCGGGCUCAGGUGAUCUCCACCUCUCUGGACGCGGAGAGCGAAAAGGACAAGGACGCAGCGCACAAUGGCGGUGCCAGUAACAGCACGGCUGCGCCGCGGAAAACGCUUGCCAACAACCAGAUUCUACAGGAAAAGCUGUCUUGGUACAUGGACACGGUGGAAAUGCACCUCAUUUCGUCCAUAUCGACGGCGUCCUCGGCGUUCUUUACUGCGCUUGGGGCGCUUAAGGAGCUGCACACAGAGGCUGCUGACUCUGUCGACCGGAUCAAGGCGCUGCGCACGGAGCUAGGCGGUCUCGACGAAGAGGUAGCAGUGCGCGGCCUCGAUAUUGUGCAGAAGCAGCGCCGCCAGCAAAACACUCUCAAGUUCCGUGCCGCCGUCCUGCAGCUGCAAGACAUUGUCAGUGGUGUCACCGCGUGCGACUCUCUUAUUGACGCGGGCGACGUGGACAAGGCACUAGACAGCAUCGACGCACUGGAGAAACUGAUUGCCGGCGAGCACGAUCCAAAGGCGAAUGUGACGCAGCCGCGCGGUGGCUACGCGCUGUGCGACUUGCGCGGUGCGGCAGCCUUACAAGGCGUUGGUGGCGACAUUGCAUCGCUCCGCUUCCGUAUCGGCAAGGCCUACGAGGCGAAGUUUGUCACGGCACUCAUGAAGGACAUUCGCAACCACGCUGAGACCGUCUCCAGCCAGGACGUGCUGAUGCGUUGGAACAGUGCCGCGAUGCGCUCCCGCGGCGGCCACAACCGCGAGCCGUCCGCGUUCCCUGCGUACCUCGCGUCCACCGACGAGCUACGAUCCGAGCUCUUGCCCAUCCUCACGGGCCUCUACAGGGCCAAGCACGUUGCCGCGGCGGUUCAAGCGUUUAGAGAGGCGGUGCAGCGCGAGAUCAAGAGCCUGAUCCGGCGGCCACUGCCGAGCUCCAACGACGACGACAAUGAGUCCGUCAUGUCAUCCUCGACAGCCGGCAGCUCACGUAACCUGUCGCAGCACGAGAAGUCCUCCAAUCUUGCCAGGAAUCUGCGCGCGCUCGACCCGCAGGACGCGGAAGAGCUGCUCGUCAAGGUCUACAUUGGUGUCACGGAGACGCUGCGGCGCUUCACUACCCACGGUAAGGUGCUGCUGGAUGUGGCGAGCUCCGUCGGCGACGACCAGAUUCCAGAGGGCCUCAGGUCGCCGCCGUUUAGCCCGUCCGGUCGGCCGAUGCAGCACAUCUCUGACACCGGCAUGGCGGUGCAGGGCGAGGUCCACAAGACGCUCGAUGUCAGCAACCUGCUUGGCCAGGCCGUGGACGUGGCUCAGGACAAGAUCGUCAAACUCUUGCGCGUCCGCCAGGAGCAGAGCUCGAGUCUCUCGCUCAAACUGUUCCUGCGCUACUUCACACUCAACGUGCACUUUGCCAACGAGUGCGAGGCCAUCUCUGGUCGCAGCGGCACAUCCUUGAAAAACGUCGUCAACAUGCAGAUCAAGGACUUUUUGAAGGGCUACGGCGAUGCUGAGAAACAGAAGCUGGCCGUGGACAUGGAUAAGGAUCAAUGGAUAGCCAAGGACGUCAGCGACGAGGACAACGAAGUGCUGCAGCGUAUUUUGAACGCGAGCACAAAGGACGCACCUUCAUGGACUACGGAUGUUAAGCUCUGGAUUCCCAUCACGACAGACGACUUUAAAGAAAGCACUGACAACCCCGCCAGCCUCAGUACUGACGCCGUACCGGACGCGGCCGCUGCUAACGGCAAGGCAAAGGUUCGCGGCGCCACUAUUGACGAAGAAACCUUUUCGCUGCCCGCGUCGGCCUUGGUUUGCAUCCAGGGCAUUUCGCGCUAUAUGCACCUGGCAGUGGCCAUUCCGUUUAUGACCGCCGAGGUGGCAUCGACACUCGUUCAAUAUCUGCAACUGUUCAACUCGCGAUGCACACAGCUCAUCCUCGGCGCUGGUGCCACGAGAACCGCCGGUCUCAAGAACAUUAAUACGCGCAAUCUUGCUAUUGCGGCCCAGUCGCUCUCAUUCUUGGCGACACUCGUUCCGUAUGUCCGCGAGUUUUUCCGGCGACGCGCCAACUCCGUUCCGGGCGUGACGGCGUCGAGCCUGAUGGGCGAUUUUGAUAAAGUUAGGCGCUUGUACCAAGAGCAUCAAAAUAAUAUUUUUGAGAAGCUCAUGGAAAUUAUGAGUGCUCGCGCGCAGGUCCACGCCCGGACGAUGGCUAAGAUCACGUGGGACAACGACGAUAGCGAGCCCGGAGUGCACGCGUACAUGGAGACGCUAGUCAAGGAUACGAUAACGCUGCACCGCAACCUCGUCAAGAACCUCCCCGAGAGCAGCGUGCGAUUUAUUAUGGUGCCCGUGUUUGCUAGCUACACAGAGCAUCUGAGCAGCGUGUUGACCACGGCCGAAGUCCGCACCCGGAAGGGCCAAGAGAAGUAUGUGCUGUUGACCCCAGUUGCCGAUGAAAAUAAACGAAACAAAAGUAGUGAACUAACCAAUUAUAACAGCAUGCUCCAAGACCUCGAUUACUUCAAGAACCGCCUCAGUAAGAUUGAUGGGUUCGAAAAGACGGGUGACGUGCUCCGGACGAUUGCUACAAACAAAGUUAUCAAGCCGCCUACGCCUCCUCCUCCGCCAGCGGUGCCAGUCGUAGAGCCUUCCGUCGAAAGAAAGCCUUCGGGCGAGUCCCUAAAGGAGACCACAAAGGAAACCGACAAGGAGGCCAACAUGGAGACCGCCAAGAAAGGCGACGUCAAGGCGGAGAACAAGGCCAAGGAAGACAGCGACAACGACGAUUCUGCACCCCCUCCGCCCCCUCCAAAAGACGGUACUUCCACGACUACGAAGGAAGCCGAAAAGAAUGACGAGGCUAAACUCGAGACAAAGCUUGAGGAGAAGGAGGCGAAGGAGGAAGAAAAGGAGAUGAAGGAGACGAAGGAGGAAAAAAUGGAGAUAGAAGAGGACAAAUUAGGAGAAGAGAAGCCUGAGAAGGCGGAACCCGUGGAGACUGUCGAGAAAGAAGAGAAGCCGGCACCAGUGGAAAGCAAGAUGGUCGACGAAAGGGCAAGGCCCGAAGCCAAGAAGAAGGACGAACCCAAGGCCGAACCCAAGAAGUCCGAGGCGUCAAAGAAAAACAAGAAAAAGAAGGCCAAGAAGGCAGCGGCCAAGAAGGCAGCGGCCAAGAAGGCGGACGACAGCUCCUCCGAAGAGGGCAGCGGCGACGAGAAGUAG